CUGUUUUUUAAGCACGACAACUCAUUCCAUCCUUGAGAAGAGCGUCGGGUAGCUGAGUCGAGAGGCACCGCGAUCACGGAUUGUCACCGGAGAUUUUCACGACGCGAGAUUUUGCGUAACCCAUGAGAAGGACAUCAUCAUCAGUUCUGAGUGACCACAAGACUGUGUGAUAGGCACACAUAUCUUCAGACCAAGUCUCUACUUACUGGUGUAUGAUAUCUGACCAUGGAAUACGUCUCAGUUGCCAGCAUCUCUUUGCUUGCAGCUGGAGCCGCAGCAGUAUAUACUGCAGUAACUCGCCUACUUCUAGGAAACCAUGAGACGUUAAGCAAGAAGAUGUUAGAGAGACUUUACCAGGAUAAGGUUAAUUUUAGUAACUGGGAGCUUGACGCUUACAAAUCAAAGGCAGAAGAUGUGGUCAGCACUCUCCUGAAAGUGGUCCAGAAGUAUGUGCAAGAAGGAGACCCCAAGAUUAGUCAGGAGCCCAUUGGUACUGGCAGUGCUUUUGAAGGUGUGAAGGUCAAGCCAGAGGUAGAGUUUGACUUCUUGGUCCCCAUUCAGAUCAAAUUUCACAGGAUUAUCUUCUCAGAUGAGGAUCACAAUGUUCCAGUGUGCUUUGGACUCAUUCAGAUUGAACAGCCAGCAAUGAUUAUCCUUCAAAGUGCAAAAAUAUGGAGAACUGGUACUAUAGAUUUCAAAGAGAAAUUCUGUGUUCAAUUUGGAAGAUAUGGCUAUCUGUUGUCUACUGACCAGAUUCAGCGGUGGUUUCAGUCCAUGUGUGCUAAAACUCAAACAGAGCUUGAAAGGCACUUCCAUGGAAUUAACUUCAACUUUCGGAAAAGUGGCCCUGCAAGGACACUUGUCUUUAAAUGGAAUAACAAAGAAGUGAAUAUUGACCUAGUGCCUGCUGUUAAAUAUGAAGAUACCUACCUUGUGGCAAAAAUGACCUCCCAUCUUGGGGAGAAGGCAUGGAGGCUUUCGUUUUCCACCCAGGAGAAGGCUUUCCUUCAACAUCUGUCACCCAACUGCUGUUACUUUAAGUGUCUGAAGAUCCUAAAAUACCUGAGAGAGAAUGAUAAGAAAAUACGUCCGACCUCCCACCUGAGCUCCAGCUGUCCUUCUUACUACCUGAAGACGGCAUUUGUCCACCAGGUACGGCAGAAUGACAAAAGCUUCUGGAAGAAUGAGGACCUGGAGGACCGAGUGAAGAAUCUCCUCUGGUAUCUGGCUGAGUGUAUGGGGCGAGGGCACCUCCAGCAUAUAUAUAAGGAUAACACAAAUUUACUGAAAGAGGUGAGUCCAACAACAUUGGAACAGAUCAGGUUUAGGCUGCUUUACAUCCAUAAUAACUUUGAAUCAGUCCUGCAGUAUCACUUGGAAUAUUAAAACCUUACAGAACAAAAGAACCUCCACGUCUGUGGCAGGACUACAGUAGACAUUACAUUUGCUAAGAUCAUAAUAGUGAACAGGAUUACAACAACCAGAUCUCCACAAAUGGAUACAGAGAACCCAGCCACAACGCUAGUCUGGUCAAAACUGGUCCUUCAAGCUGACUUGUUUAAACAGUGUGUGACCAUAAAAAAUGUUUAGUAUAUUAUUGCCAUUGUGGGCUCAAACAGUCCCCCAUUGUAUGGAGUUCUGUAAAGAGCAGUGAAGAUUAUUCAAUAAUGAAGAAUAUUCAAUAUGUCACUAUAGUCUGUAUUUUUUGAGCUUUGCACUUGUAUAAUUAACCUGCUUAUAACAUAUUAUUCUUUUACAUACUAUAUACAUAUAGUAUAUAUUUGUUUUAUGUCAUUUGUAUUAUGUGCUCCUGGCUUUCAUUCUGAUUCCUGUGCUUAUAUACAUUUGUGAGGAAGUCUUUCUUUGGCUCUGUCAGGUAAAAAGCUGAGAAAGUUAUUUGUUUUGCAGAGAAUUCCAGAAAAGCGGUGGCAAAAAUAAUAGUUAGAAAAUGAUUGGUUAAUUGUACUAAGAAAAAUAUAUCCAAAAGUUACAAAACGUGCUACCACACCCUGAUAUUAUAAUUUCCCACAACCAAUGGGCCCUGAGCAUGCUGCUCAACCCUUAGAGUUUUGAAUUGCUGCCCACAAUAACUAUGUACCCUCUGUACACUCCUAAAGCACCAAGAGAAGACAACAGCCAGAGCACUGAGAGCACCUCAGCAAACGUCUGCAUUCAGACCUGUUGAUGAUAUUAGUAUAUAUAUAUAUAUUAGUAAACUAGAUUACUGCAACACACUCCUCUCAGGACUACCCAAAAAAAGUCAU